ACGUGAUUCUUGUCCACGCCAACGUUCGCGAGAGACCGAAACUAUAUUUUCUCCUCCUUCCUGUCACGUCUUCAAACCGUCCGCUUCUCUUGGCCUCUUUCUCUCUGUGCAGAUCGAACCCAACGAUGCGUUUCAACUCUCCACAAACCCUAACUUCAACCUGAUAAUUGGACACCACUUCGCCGCUCUUCAAUGGCGUUUUUUCUACAUCCAUCAUCAUCUUAAAUUUUCUAACUCAUUUUCCAACUUUUUCAAUCACCAUGUUCGAAGCUCACGUUCUGCAUUUGCUUCGAAGAUAUUUGGGUGAAUAUGUCCAUGGGCUUUCGGUAGAGGCAUUAAGGAUCAGUGUUUGGAAAGGUGAUGUUGUCCUCAAAGAUUUGAGAUUGAAGGCAGAAGCACUAAAUGCACUGAAACUUCCAGUCACAGUCAGAGCUGGUUUUGUUGGCACUAUCACAUUAAAGGUUCCGUGGAAAAGUUUAGGCAAGGAACCUGUGAUUGUUCUCAUUGAUCGUGUCUUCAUUCUUGCUCAUCCUGCUUCUGUUGGCCGGGCUCUCAAUGACGAGGACAGAAGAAAACUUUUUGAAGCCAAACUUCAACAGAUUGAGGAAGCAGAAUCAGCAAUCCUUGAAGCAAUGUCUAGGUCAAAGUUGGGAAAUCCUUCUCCUGCAAAUUCAUGGCUAGGUUCUUUGAUUGCCACUAUUAUUGGAAAUCUUAAGAUUUCAAUUAGCAAUGUGCAUGUCAGAUAUGAGGAUGCAGUCAGUAAUCCAGGGCAUCCAUUUUCAUGUGGUGUUACCUUAGCUAAGCUGGCAGCUGUGACGAUGGAUGAGCAGGGAAAUGAAACUUUUGACACCAGUGGUGCAUUGGAUAGAUUGCGGAAGUCAUUGCAGCUUGAGAGACUUGCUGUUUAUCAUGAUUGUAAUAGCCUUCCCUGGAAAAUAGAUAAGAGAUGGGAAGAUCUCAGUCCCAAAGAAUGGAUUGAGAUAUUUGAAGAUGGUAUAAAUGAACCUUCUAUUGGCUAUGGAAUGGUGUCUAAGUGGGCUGUGAAUCGCAAGUAUGUGCUCUCGCCAAUCAAUGGAGUUCUUAAAUAUCAUCGUCUUGGAAAACAAGAAAGAAGUGAUCCAGAAAUUCCAUUCGAGAAGGCCUCUCUUGUUUUAAGUGAUGUUUCGUUAACAAUUACAGAGGCACAAUAUCAUGAUUGGAUAAAACUUUUGGAAGUUGUUUCAAGAUACAAGACUUAUGUUGAGAUUUCUCAUUUAAGACCUGAGGUGACUGUUUCAAAGGAUCCUCGUCUGUGGUGGCGUUAUGCAGCUCAAGCUGUCCUGCAGCAGAAGCAAAUGUGCUACCGAUUGUCAUGGGAUCGAAUCCAGCACUUUUGUCAGCUUCGCCGCCGUUAUGUUCAGUUGUAUGCUGGUUCACUUCAACAUUCAUCUAAUGCAAAUGUCUCAGAGCUUGGAGAAAUGGAGAAAGAUCUUGAUUCCAAGGUUAUUCUUUUAUGGAGGUUGCUAGCACAUGCCAAGGUUGAAUCUGUAAAAUCGAAGGAAGCAGCUGAACAGAGGAGGCUUAAAAAGAAAAGCUGGUUUUCAUUUACAUGGCAUACAGACUCAGAAGAUGCUAAUAAUGUGGAUGCUUCUGAGGGAUCACGAUUAACAGAAGAAAGAUUGACUAAAGAAGAAUGGAAGGCUAUUAAUAAUUUACUUAGUUACCAGCAGGAUGAGGAGAUAAUGCCACACGUAGGAAAGGACAUGCAGAAUAUGAUUCUGUAUUUGGUGACUGUAUCUGUCAGACAGGCUGCUGCUAGGAUCAUUGAUGUAAAUCAGAAUGAGAUUAUUUGUGGUAGAUUUGAGCAACUACAUGUGUCAACCAAAUUUAAAAAUCACAGUACCCACUGUGAUGUGUUAUUGAAAUUCUAUGGUUUGUCAGCUCCUGGAGGUUCACUUGCUCAGAGUGUAUCUAGUGAGCAGAAGGCAAAUGCAUUAUUUGCUAGUUUUGUACAUUCACCAGUUGGGGAGAAUGUGGACUGGAAGCUGUCUGCAACAAUUUCUCCUUGCCAUGUCACGGUUUUAAUGGAAAGCUUUGAUCACUUUUUUGAGUUUGUAAAGAGGAGUAAUGCAGUUAGUCCUACUGUUGCAUUGGAAACUGCAAAUGCUUUGCAGAUGAAGCUUGAAAAAGUUACUCGUAGAGCACAAGAACAAUUUCAGAUGGUAUUGGAGGAACAGAGCAGAUUUGCCCUUGACAUAGAUUUGGAUGCUCCAAAAGUCAGGGUUCCUAUAAGGACAGUUGGCUCUUCAAAUUGUGAUGUGCAUUUUAUUUUGGAUUUUGGUCAUUUUACAUUGAACACUGCGGAAAGUGAAUCUGAUGAACAAAGGCAGAGCCUUUAUUCUCGUUGCUACAUAUCUGGAAGAGAUAUUGCUGCAUUCUUUACAAAUUGUAAUUCAGACUGUCAGAACCCCACGGUGGUUGUACCAAAUGAUAAUAGUCAGGCAAUAACAUCUCACGUACUGGAAAAAAAUGACAAUUUCUAUUCUCUCAUUGAUAGGUGUGGAAUGGCAGUAAUUGUUGAUCAGAUCAAAGUACCUCACCCAAGUUACCCAUCAACACGCAUAUCCAUUCAAGUGCCAAACCUUGGCAUUCACUUUUCACCAGCAAGAUACUACAGAGUUAUGGAAUUGUUGAACAUGCUGUAUGAUACAAUGGAAAACUGUGGUCAGUCAACUGUUGAUAAUUUCCAAACUCAAUUCGCCCCAUGGAGUUCUGCAGAUAUUGCUACUGGUGCUAGAAUCCUUGUUUGGAAGGGGAUUGGCAAUUCCGUGGCUACAUGGCAGCCCUGUUUUCUUGUGUUAUCUGGAUUGUAUCUCUAUGCUAUGGAAUCUCAGAGAUCUCAGAGCUACCAGCGAUACAUGAGCAUGGCCAGUAGACAGGUAAUUGAGGUUCCUCUGUCAAAUGUUGGUGGUUCCCCAUUCUGUAUUGCUGUUUGUUCCAGGGGAAUGGACAUUCAACAGGCAUUGGAAUCUUCUAGCACCUGGAUUUUAGAGUUUCACAAUGAGGAGGAGAAAGCCAUUUGGUUUAAAGGACUUAUACAGGCUACUUAUCAAGCUUCCGUUCCUUCAUCAAUUGACGUACUUGGAGAAACAAGGGAUGCUGCGGCUGAAUUUGGGGAACUCCGGACCCCGAAUUUGAAAACAGCUGACCUUGUCAUUAAUGGGGCAGUAGUAGAGACAAAGUUAUGUAUAUAUGGAAAGACUGGAGUUGAAGUUGAUGAAAAACAUAAGGAGACUCUAAUCAUAGAGGUUCUUGCCGGUGGGGCAAAGGUGCACAUGCUUCGUUCAGAGGCUGACCUGACAGUCAAGAUGAAGCUGCACUCAUUGAAAAUUAAAGAUGAACUUCAAGCUUGUCUGUCUACAAGCCCACAAUAUUUGGCAUGCUCUGUGCUGAAGAAUGAUAAGACACUUGCAACUCCUAGUCCUAGCCCUCUUGACCUUCAAGGGAGAGAGAUCUCCGUGGUACCUCAUGAUGAUGAUGAUACUUUUACAGAUGCUUUGCCUGAAUUUUCAUCUGCAUCAGAUCCUGCUGUUUAUUCACCCAGAAUAGAUGUGUCUCAUUCUGGAACAGUGGGAGUUAUCAGUGACUCUGUGGAAUUUGAGUCUGCUGAAGCCUUAAUUCUUGAGCAGGAUCUGUUACAUGGAAAGAGCAUUUCUAAUGAGACAUUUUAUGAGGCACAAGGUGGUGAUAGUUUGGAUUUUGUAUCUAUGAUCUUUUCAACAAGGAGCUCCUCUUCGUCUGAUUAUGACGGUGUAGAUACGCAGAUGAGUAUCCGCAUGUCCAAAUUAGAGUUCUUUUGCAACAGGCCUACUCUUGUUGCUUUAAUUGGUUUUGGCUUUGAUCUAAGUUCUGGGAAUUCUGUGCAAAGUAAUGUAAAGAUGGAUGGAAUCUCAGAUGACAAAUCUUUGAUGAACAAAGAAAAGGCUGAAGAUAAUGGGCGUGUUAAAGGGUUGCUGGGAUAUGGUAAACAUCGUGUUGUAUUUUAUUUAAACAUGAAUGUUGACAGUGUCACUGUCUUUCUCAACAAAGAGGACAGUUCUCAGCUUGCUGUGCUUGUGCAAGAAAGCUUCCUGUUGGAUCUUAAGAUCCAUCCUGGUUCUCUUUCUAUUGAAGGCACAUUAGGAAAUUUCAGACUCUGUGAUAUGUCACUCGGAACUGAUCAUUGUUGGAGUUGGCUUUGUGAUAUACGUAAUCCAGGGCUUGAAUCCCUUAUAAAGUUCAAGUUUAGUUCCUAUUGUGCUGAAGAUGAUGAUUAUGAAGGAUAUGAUUACAGUUUGAGUGGCCGACUAUCUGCUGUACGCAUUAUUUUCCUCUACAGGUUUGUCCGAGAGAUAACUGUGUACUUUAUGGAACUUGCAACUCCACAUACUGAAGAAGCGAUUAAACUUGUCGAUAAAGUUGGAGAUUUUGAGUGGUUAAUUCAGAAGUAUGAGAUUGAUGGAGCAACUGCAUUCAAGCUGGACCUCUCACUUGACACUCCAAUUAUCAUUGUUCCCAGGAAUUCCAUGAGCAAAGAUUUUAUUCAACUUGAUCUGGGUCAGUUAGAGAUCACAAAUGAAUUUAGUUGGCAUGGCUGCCCAGAGAAAGAUCCUUCAGCUGUCCACAUGGAUGUUCUUCAUGCUAAGAUUCUGGGAAUCAACAUGUCUGUAGGAGUUGAUGGUUGUCUGGGAAAGCCAAUGAUACGGGACGGAAAAGGACUAGAUAUAUAUGUGCGCCGCAGUUUGCGAGAUAUUUUUGGGAAAGUUCCAACAUUUUCUCUUGAAGUAAAGGUGGAUUUCCUCCAUGGUGUUGUGUCUGAUAAAGAAUACAACGUAAUUCUAAAUUGUACAUUCAUGAAUUUAUCCGAAGAGCCAAGGCUUCCUCCAAGUUUUCGGGGUAGUAAGACUGAUUCGAAAGAUACAAUGCGAAUGCUGGUUGACAAGGUCAACAUGAAUAGUCAAAUAUUAUUAUCACAAACUGUUAACAUUGUGGCAGUUGAUAUCAAUUAUGCACUGUUGGAGCUAUGCAAUGGCAUUCAUGAGUCACCAUUAGCUCAUAUUGCUUUGGAAGGUCUAUGGGUAUCAUACCGGACAUCUUCAUUGUCUGAAACAGAUCUCUACAUAACUAUUCCUAAAUUUUCUAUAUUGGACAAUCGCCCUGAUACAAAACCUGAAAUGCGCUUGAUGCUUGGGUUGUCUACUGAUAUUUCUAAACAAGCUUCUAGUGGAAAUUUUUCACACUUGCCGAACAGAGCCAGCUUUAGGAGGAUAAAAUCUGAAUCUGGCCUUGAUAUGGAUGUACCAUAUUCAACAAUGUUUUUGAUGGACUAUAGAUGGCGACUUUCGUCCCAAUCAUGUGUGGUUCGGGUUCAGCAGCCUCGUGUCCUUGUUGUACCAGAUUUUCUUCUAGCUGUGGGAGAGUUUUUUGUGCCAGCAUUGGGCGCAAUAACUGGAAGGGAGGAAACUACAGAUCCUAAGAAGGAUCCCAUCUGUAGAAGCAAUAGCAUAGUACUCUCAGAGCCUGUUUACAAACAGAGGGAGGACGUUGUGCACUUGUCUCCAAGUAGGCAGUUAAUAGUGGAUGCCAAGAGAGUUGAUGAAUAUACAUAUGACGGCUGUGGAAAGGUUAUCUGUCUAAGUGAAGAAACCAAUAUGAAAGAAUUUAAUUCUGUGAGAUCCCAACCGAUCAUAAUAAUUGGGCGUGGCAAGAGGCUGCAGUUUGUUAAUGUGAAGAUUGAGAAUGGUUCCCUUUUGAGGAAGUAUGCAUACUUGAGUAAUGAUAGCAGUUACUCGGUUGCCAUAGAAGAUGGUGUUGACAUUUUGUUGGUGGACAAUUCUUCACCUGAUGAUGACAAGAUUCUGGAUGACAUGCAUAGAUCAUCAGACAACUUGAAUACCUCUGAUUCUCAAAAUGAUUCAAAUGGAAUGCAGAGUUUCACUUUUGAAGCACAGGUUGUUUCUUCUGAGUUUACCUUCUAUGAUGGCACAAAAUCUUCAUUAGAUGAUUCUUCAUAUGGCGAAAAGCUUCUACGUGCAAAAAUGGAUUUAAGUUUCAUGUAUGCAACAAAAGACAAUGACACUUGGAUUCGAGCACUGGUGAAGGAUCUGACAGUUGAGGCUGGUUCUGGUCUCAUGAUUCUGGAUCCUGUGAAUAUUUCAGGAGGGUAUACAUCCGUGAAGGAGAAAACGAAUAUAUCUCUGAUAUCUACAGAUAUAUGCUUCCAUCUUUCCUUGAGUGCCAUUUCUCUUUUACUUAACUUGCAGACUCAGGCAGCCGCUGCAUUCCAAUUUGGAAAUGCGGUUCCUAUAGCACCUUGUAUCAACUAUGACCGAAUUUGGGUGUCGCCAAAAGAAAAUGGCCCUCGUAAUAACCUUACUUUCUGGAGGCCUCAAGCUCCUUCAAACUACGUUAUAUUGGGAGAUUGUGUGACAUCAAGGUCAAAUCCUCCUUCACAAGCAGUCAUGGCAGUGAGUAACACAUAUGGACGUGUGAGAAAGCCUAUUGGAUUUAAUCUCAUUGGCUUGUUCUCUGAAAUUCAAGGAUUUGGAGGUGAAGGCCAUUCUGAUUCUGACAGUGAUUGUUCUCUUUGGAUGCCUGUUGCGCCAGCAGGAUACACAGCUCUUGGUUGUGUGGCCAAUAUAGGAAGCCAACCUCCACCAAAUCAUAUAGUUCAUUGCCUACGGUCUGACCUUGUGGCAUCUACAACAUAUUCUGAAUGCUUAUUUAGUGUGCCACCACAUCCGUUGUCUGUAUCUGGGUUUAGUAUUUGGCGCAUGGACAAUGUUAUUGCAUCUUUUUUUGCCCAUUCUUCAACUGAAUAUCCUCCCAGAGUCAAUAGUUGCAACCUUAGUCAUGUUCUCCUCUGGAGCUCCAUGCGGCAUCAUUCUUUGUCUAAAGAAACUGCAUCAGAUUUGACUGUUGACCACGGCCAUAAAUGUAAGCAAAAAGGCAGUGAGACAGAAAAUUCAUCUGGAUGGGACAUUAUCCGAUCAAUUUCAAAAGCAUCUAAUUGUUACGUAUCGACCCCCAAUUUUGAGAGGAUAUGGUGGGACAAGGGCAGUGAUGUACGGAGACCUGUUUCAAUAUGGCGACCUAUUGCACGUCCUGGUUAUGCCAUACUAGGAGAUUGCAUUACUGAAGGCUUGGAACCACCUGCUUUGGGCCUAAUAUUUAGAAAUGAUAAUCCUGAACUCUCUUCAAGGCCUGUGCAAUUUACUAAAGUUGCUCAUAUUGCUGGGAAAGGUUUUGAUGAAGUCUUUUUCUGGUAUCCAAUUGCUCCUCCUGGAUAUGCUUCUCUAGGAUGUGUUGUCACCAGAACGGAUGAAGCACCUAGAGUAUCUUCAUUGUGCUGCCCAAGGAUGGAUCUUGUUAACCAAGUGAAUAUAGUUGAGAUGCCCAUUUCGAGAUCUUCUAGCUCAAAGGCAUCUCAUUGCUGGAGUAUUUGGAAAGUUGAGAAUCAGGCUUCCACUUUUCUUGCCCGCCCUGAUCUGAAAAAGCCAUCAAGCAGGUUGGCAUUUGCAAUUGGUGAUUCUGUGAAGCCAAAGUCACGGGAAAACAUAACUGCUGAGCUGAAGCUAAGAUGUUUUUCUGUAACUGUUUUAGACAGCUUAUGCGGAAUGAUGACACCUCUGUUUGAUACUACAAUAACCAAUAUCAAGCUUGCAACACAUGGUCGACUGGAGGCAAUGAAUGCUGUACUCAUUUCUUCUAUUGCUGCGUCAACCUUUAACACACAAUUGGAAGCAUGGGAGCCACUUGUGGAACCAUUUGACGGAAUCUUCAAGUUUGAAACCUAUGAUACCAAUGUACAUCCACCAUCAAGACUUGCAAAGAGAGUGCAUAUCGCCGCAACCAGUAUUCUGAAUGUAAAUUUCAGUGCAGCCAACCUUGAAACUUUUGUAGGGACCAUUCUUUCUUGGAGAAAGCAGCUAGAACUUGACCAGAAAUCAAUAAAGCUAAAUGAGGAAGCUGGUAGUCAUCGUAGAGGAGAAGAGGAUCCAACUUAUUCUGCUUUGGAUGAAGAUGAUUUUCAGACUGUAACAAUUGAAAAUGAACUUGGAUGUGAUAUGUAUCUGAAAAAGGUUGAGGAUGAUGUGAAUGCAGUUGACCAGCUACAUCCUGGUGGCUGUGCUUCUGUGUGGAUCCCACCUCCAAGAUUUUCUGACAGGUUAAAAGUUGCAGAUGAAUCCAGGGAAGCACGCUGUUAUGUUGUUAUCCAGAUAGUUGAAGCUAAGGGUUUGCCCAUCAUUGAUGAUGGUAAUAGCCAUAACUUCUUUUGUGCUCUACGCCUUGUUGUUGAUAGUCAGGGGACAGAUCAGCAAAAGCAUUUUCCUCAGAGUGCAAGGACAAAAUGUGUGAAGCCUGUAUUUCCUAAAGAAAAUGAACGUAAUAGUGGCAUUGCAAAGUGGAAUGAAGUUUUCAUAUUUGAAAUUCCUCGAAAGGGGCUGACUAAGUUAGAAGUGGAGGUCACAAAUCUUGCAGCCAAAGCUGGAAAGGGUGAAGUUAUCGGUGCACUCUCAUUACCUGUUGUAUAUGGAUCAGCCAUGCUGAAAAAGGUUGCCUCAGCAAGGAUGCUUCACCAACCCAGUAAUGCCCAGAAUAUUGCGUCAUAUCCUCUAAGAAGAAGGGCUCAACAAGACAAUGUUGAAGAGUUGCAUGAUAUUGGAAGCCUGUUGGUUUCUACUACUUAUUUUGAAAGGAAUAUGGUAUCAAACUUUCAUGGAGGUAAGGAAACUGAGUAUUCUCAUCAUAGAGACAUAGGUUUCUGGGUUCGGCUUAGCCCAGAGGGUGCUUGGGAGGGUGUUCGUUCAUUGCUACCGCUGUCUGUGGUCCCCAAAUUGUUAGAGAGUGAUUUUAUUGCCAUGGAAGUGGUCAUGAAAAAUGGCAAGAAGCAUGUAAUUUUCAGGGGCCUUGCAACAGUCAUGAAUGAUUCAGAUAUUAAACUGGAUGUUUCUGUAUGCCAUGCAUCUUCAGUUUCUUCUUCAGGGAGAAGCAACAUUAAUAUUGUGAUAGAUGAGAUCUUUGAAAAUCAAUGUUAUCAUCCUAUUUCUGGUUGGGGUAACAAGUGGCCUAGCUUUAAAAGUAAUGAUCCAGGGCGAUGGAGCACCAGAGAUUUCUCAUAUUCAUCAAAUGAUUUUUUUGAACCUUCCCCUCCUCCUGGAUGGCAAUGGACAUCUUCUUGGAUUAUUGAUAAAUCUUCCCCCGUUGACGAUGAUGGCUGGGCAUAUGGUCCUGAUUUCCACAGUUUGAAGUGGCCUCCAACUCCAAAGUCUCGCACAAAAUCUAAUCUUGAUGUUGUGCGCCGUAGGCGUUGGAUUCGUAGGAGGCAACAAAUAACUGGGCAAGGAUCUGAUAACAUGAAUGGCAAUUUAAUUUCCAUAAAUCCUGGAUCAUCAGCUGUUUUACCAUGGAGAAGCACAUCAAAGGAUUCUGACCACUUCUUACAAGUGCGCCCUUGUGUUGAUCAUUCUCAGCCUGCAUGUUCAUGGGGUCGACAAGUUACCUUUGGUUCUGGCUAUGCAUUUGGAAAGGAGCAGCCUUUCAUUGAUCAAGGCUUGCUCACUAGACAGAAUACUUUGAAGCAGGGAAGUAAAAUGCCUAACACUUUUAAGUUGAAUCAGCUGGAGAAGAAAGAUGCUCUUUUUUGUUGUUCUUCUAGUAGUGGAAGUAAACUGUUUUGGCUUAGUGUAGGCACUGAUGCCUCAAUUCUUCACACUGAACUUAAUUCUCCCAUAUAUGAUUGGAGAAUAUCUAUCAACUCUCCGUUGAAGUUGGAAAACCAACUUCCUUGCCCGGCUGAAUUCACAAUUUGGGAAAAAACGCAUGACGAGGGUUGCAUUGAGCGACAACAUGGAAUGAUCUCUUCACGCAGUGGUGUACAUAUAUACUCAGCAGAUAUCCAAAAACCAAUCUAUCUCACAUUGCUUGUUCAGGGUGGUUGGCUUUUAGAAAAGGACCCUGUUCUUGUUCUGGAUCUUCCUUCCAGUGAUCAUGUCUCAUCAUUCUGGAUGUUCCACCAGCAAAGUAAAAGGAGACUGCGUGUGAGCAUUGAACGAGAUAUGGGAGGAACCAUUGCUGCACCCAAAACAAUUAGGUUAUUUGUUCCUUACUGGAUAGUGAAUGAUUCAUAUCUGCCAUUGGCAUAUAGGGUGGUAGAAAUUGAGCCAUCAGAUAUUGCAGAUACAGAUUCUGUCUUUCUUUCAAGAGCAGUUAAGUCUGCAAAAACAGCUUUGAGAAAUCCCACAAUGGAAAGGAGACAUUCUGCUUCAAAGCGAAACAUUCAAGUACUUGAAGUAAUCGAGGAUACAAGCCCCCUACCUAGCAUGCUUUCUCCACAAGAUUCAGCGGGUAGAAGUGGCGUUAUGCUGUUUCCAUCCCAGAAAGAUGCAUAUAUGUCCCCACGAGUGGGUCUUGCUGUUGCUAUUCGUCAUUCUGAGUUCUAUAGUCCUGGGAUUUCUCUUCUUGAGCUUGAAAAGAAGGAAAGGGUUGAUGUCAAGGCAUUUAGUUCAGAUGGAUCCUACUACAAGCUUUCGGCUCUACUCAAGACCUCAGAGAGGACAAAGGUUGUUCAUUUUCAGCCACAUAUCUUGUUUAUCAAUAGGGUUGGUUUCAGUCUCUGCCUAAAGCAGUGUGAUUCUCAGUUGUUCGAAUGGAUUCAUCCUACUGAUCCUCCAAAAUCAUUUGGAUGGCAGUCUUCUGCUAAAGUUGAGCUAUUGAAGUUGCGGUUGGAUGGAUAUGAUUGGAGCACGCCAUUUAGUGUUUGCAGUGAAGGUAUGAUGCGCAUUUCUUUGAAGAAAGAUACUGGAGGUGAUCAAAUGCAGCUAAGGGUACAAGUAAGAAGUGGCACAAAGAGCUCUCGCUAUGAAGUUAUUUUCCGUCCAGACUCUUCAUCCAGUCCAUACAGGAUUGAAAAUCGUUCUAUGUUUUUACCUAUCCGUUUUCGGCAAGUUGAUGGUGCUGGUGAUUCAUGGAAGCUUCUUCUUCCUAGCACAGCUGCUUCAUUCUUGUGGGAAGAUCUUGGUCGACGGCAACUGUUGGAACUCUUUGUAGAUGGGACUGACUCGUCAAAAUCACUUAUAUACAAUAUUGAUGAGACUUCUGAUAACUUGCCCAUCCAUAUGGGUGGUGGACCUACUAGAGCUUUACGUGUUACUAUUGUGAAGGAAGACAAAAUGAAUGUUGCUAAGAUCAGUGAUUGGAUGCCAGAAAAUGAGCCUACUGCUGUCACAAGUACCGGAGUCUCUCUUCAGUCAUCACAGGUUGAAGGAAAUGAUUCUCAACAACAUCAAUUGCCAUCCACCACUGAUUGUGAAUUUCAUGUUGUUCUUGAGCUUGCUGAGCUUGGAAUAUCAGUAAUUGACCACACACCAGAAGAAAUUUUAUAUUUAUCAGUGCGGAAUCUUCUUCUGGCAUAUUCUACUGGCUUGGGAUCUGGGUUCAGUAGGUUCAAAUUGAGAAUGCAUGGAAUACAAGUGGAUAACCAGUUGCCAUUAACUCCAAUGCCAGUUCUCUUCAGGCCACAGAAAGUUGUGCAUGAGAUGGACUAUAUGUUGAAGUUUUCCAUGACACUGCAAUCAAAUGGUUCAUUAGAUCUAUGUGUUUAUCCAUAUAUUGGUUUCAGUGGACCUGACAACUCUGCUUUCUUAAUAAACAUUCAUGAACCUAUUAUCUGGCGCCUUCAUGAAAUGAUCCAGCAGGUCAAUAUCAGUAGGUUACAAGAUACUCAAACAACUGCUGUUUCAGUUGAUCCAAUCAUUCAAAUUGGUGUUCUUAGCAUCUCAGAAGUUCGAUUCAAAGUGUCAAUGGGUAUGUCACCUGGUCAACGGCCAAGAGGAGUCCUUGGUUUCUGGUCGUCCUUAAUGACUGCUUUGGGAAACACUGAAAAUAUGCCAGUGAGAAUAAACCAAAGAUUUCAUGAGAACAUAUGCAUGAGGCAGAGUGCUAUGAUUAGCAUUGCUAUUUCAAAUGUUAAAAAGGAUCUUCUCGGCCAACCUCUUCAACUGCUUUCUGGUGUUGAUAUAUUGGGCAAUGCUAGCAGUGCACUCGGACACAUGAGUAAAGGUGUUGCUGCCUUAUCAAUGGACAAGAAGUUCAUCCAAAGUCGACAAAGACAGGAGAAUAAAGGUGUAGAGGACCUUGGUGAUGUUAUCAGAGAGGGAGGUGGAGCUCUAGCAAAGGGUCUAUUUAGAGGAGUCACUGGCAUUUUGACUAAGCCUCUUGAAGGUGCAAAAACCUCUGGCGUAGAGGGUUUUGUUCAGGGUGUUGGAAAAGGGAUAAUAGGUGCAGCUGCCCAACCUGUUAGUGGGGUUCUGGAUCUCUUGUCAAAAACUACUGAAGGUGCCAAUGCUAUGAGAAUGAAAAUAGCAUCUGCUAUAACUUCAGAGGAACAACUCCUCCGCAGGAGACUGCCUCGUGUAAUUAGUGGUGAUAAUUUGCUUCGACCUUACAAUGAGUACAAAGCCCAAGGACAGGUUAUAUUGCAGCUGGCAGAAUCAGGCUCAUUUUUCAGUCAGGUUGAUCUUUUCAAAGUACGUGGGAAAUUUGCCUUAUCAGAUGCUUAUGAAGAUCAUUUUGUGCUUCCUAAAGGAAAAAUUGUCAUGGUGACCCAUCGAAGAGUAAUGUUAUUGCAACAACCCUCUAAUAUUAUUGGUCAGAGGAAGUUCAUUCCAGCAAGGGAUCCAUGUUCGGUGCUGUGGGAUGUGCUGUGGGAUGACUUGGUGACAAUGGAAUUGACUAUUGGAAAAAAAGACCACCCAAAAGCUCCUCCUUCACGGCUGUUGCUUUAUUUAAGGAGUAAACCAACAGAGGCAAAGGAACAAGCUCGUGUAAUAAAAUGUAGCCAUGAAACUGAUCAGGCUCUUGAGGUCUACUGUUCAAUUGAACGAGCAAUGAACACUUUUGGAAAGAACCUUCCAAAGGAAAUGUUGAAACAUAAAGUGAUGAAGCCAUAUGCGCCUGGUGUAGACGGAACCAAUAGUGAAAUGAUUUCAAAAGAAGGGGUUGUUUCCUGGUCGCCACAGCAGGUGCCUGCAUCAGUUCCACUGAGUUCAACUUUUGGUAGCAGCUCCAAUUGAUACGGCAGCCUUUUUUUUUUUUUAAGGCUUUGUGCUGAAGUCAGGUCAUAAAUUCUGCGUCAAUAUAUAUAUGGGCUGUUGGAACGGUAUGCCAUUGGAUUAAUUCUCAAGCAAUUCCUUUAUAACUUAAAAGUAAAAAAAAAAAUAAAAAUAAAAAAAGGUUGAUUUUGCAGUAAAAGAUCACAACCAAUCACUACUGAGGUUUCUUUUGUUUAUGCUUCUUAACUGAUCUAUUCAAUUAAUUAAGAAUAAUUCUGUUCUUGUACUAUUUUUUGCACCAAUCUGCCAUACUACUAUGUUUUCACAGUGAAAGGAAAGAAUGAUGAAGAGCUCACUCUCUUAACAUCCUUCCUGUGCCUCCUUUUAAGGUGGGGAAAGAGGUGCUUUAGUUGAACUAAAGAUGAAUCUGACGGAGAAACUCAAGUGUCUAGUGAAAAAAGCUACAUGCCUGAUCCUUUUUAGAAGCAUGGAAUUCAAUUGAGAAUCAAUCAAUGGCCUGCGAGCUAGGAAAAAGAAACUCAAUGUUUGACGAUCAAAGCUUGUACAAAAAAAAUACCUAGCUAAAUUUUACAUAGCAGCUCCUAGAAAUGUAUAGUUUUUGACGCUUUUUCCGCAUGCCUUCUGUGUGGCAUUUGUAUACAGAACAUUUUGCAAAAUAUAGCUUUGAAUUCGUAUUGAGUUGGCCACAUUGUUAGGCAAUUGGAAAGCAAAUACUGUUUUUAAACAUUUCUAUAUAUGGCGUAUGGUUUCUGUCCA